AUGUCGAUGCAAAAUUCCGCCCCUGGGGGCAAGAGUAUGAAGUUUCAAAAUGGACUGAACCCUUUUACACCCUUUCUAUCGCGACCGGGCGAAGAAAUGGACGCUGAAUCACAGGCCUUGGUAAAUAAUAUGGAACAGCGUUUGCAAUUGAAUAAGGGUAAAUCAUCCGACACAAACAAUAACUUUCAACCUGGUGCCCAAGCCGCCGCCCAACAACAACAACAACAAAUGCAAAUGCAACAACAACAACAGCAAAUGCAACUUCAACAGCAACAACAAAAACAACAACAGCAACAAAUGAAAAUGCAACAACAAAUGAUGUCACCUCCUGGAGCCGACAAGAAAAAGGCAAAGAAAGAUGAGGACGAGGAUGAUGAUUCCUUUGAUGAUAGCGAUUUUGAAGACGAUUUGGACGACGAAGGUGCCUUGGAAGCCUUUCGGGCCCGUCGAUUGGCGGAACUCCAACAAGCCCACAAAAAAGAAUCGGAACAAAAGGCCAAGGGUCACGGAGAAUUCCGGACCAUUUCACAAGAUGAGUUUUUGCCCGAGUGUACCAGUUCCUUGUGGGUGGUGGUGCACUUUUUUCACAAGGACUUUGAACGAUGCAACAUUAUGGAUCAUCAUUUGAAGCGGAUCGCACCAUUGCAUCUGACCUGCAAAUUUGUCCGAAUUGAUGCGGAGAAGGCUCCCUUUUUUGUCGAGAAAUUGAAGAUUCAAACCCUUCCCACUUUAUUGAUCUUUUUGGACGGCAAGACUGUUCACCGAUUGACUGGUUUUGAUGGAUUGGAAGAUUUUAUGGAUGUCGGCCGCAGCAAACGCAUGAACAAUCCCGAUGAAUUCACUACGGCAGCUUUGGGACGGUAUUUGGAAGGAACGGGAUGUCUUGAAUACGAAGGACCCGAGGACGAUGCUGAUGACAUUAACGAUGGUGGAGGCGGAGCACGCAAGACUGUUCGAAAAGGACUUAUGCAAUCGCGAUUGCAAGCCUAUGAUGAAGAUUUCUAG